CCCGGCACCCGUAGUGGGACAGGAGCUGCAGGCUGGCGUGGCUGUGGGGAUGUCCACGGGGCGCCCAGAGCCUGGGCCAGAAGGGCUAAGCAGGCACCAUGGGGCUUUGGCCUCAGACCACCAACCCCCUCCGACUGCUCCCGUUUCCUGGAGCCUGCCCCGCUGGAGAGCUUACGUGGCAGCCGCAGUGCUCUGCUAUAUCAACCUCCUGAACUACAUGAACUGGUUCAUCAUUGCAGGAGUGCUGCUGGAUGUGCAGAAGUGUUUUCAAAUCAGCGACAGUAAUGUGGGUUUGCUUCAGACUGUCUUCAUCGGCUGCCUGCUGCUGUCUGCACCCGUGUUUGGCUACCUGGGCGACCGACACAGCCGCAAGGCCAUGCUGAGCUUCGGGAUCCUGCUCUGGUCAGGAGCUGGCUUUUCCAGCUCCUUCAUCUCUCCCCAGUAUUCCUGGCUCUUCUUUCUGUCCCGGGGCAUUGUGGGCGCCGGCACAGCCAGCUACUCUACCAUCGCGCCCACCAUCCUGGGCGACCUCUUCGUGAAGGACCAGCGGACCCGGGUGCUGGCCAUCUUCUACAUCUUCAUCCCUGUUGGAAGUGGUCUGGGCUACGUGCUGGGCUCGGCUGUGACAGAGCUGACUAGGAACUGGCGUUGGGCCCUGCGUAUCAUGCCCUGCCUGGAGGCCGUGGCCUUAGUCCUGCUCAUCGCGCUGGUUCCAGAUCCGCCCCGGGGAGCUGCUGAGAAGCACGGGGAGGUGGCCAUGGGAGGCCCGAGGAGCAGCUGGUGUGAGGACGUCAGAUAUCUGGUGAGAAACUGGAGUUUUGUGUGGUCGACCUUUGGAGUGACAGCCAUGACCUUUGUGACUGGAGCCCUGGGCUUCUGGGUCCCCAAGUUUCUGUUCGAGGCCCGUCUGGUCCACGGGCAGCAGCUUCCCUGCCUCCGAGAGCCGUGCAACAGCCAGGACAGCCUGAUUUUUGGGGCACUGACCGUUGUGACUGGCAUCAUUGGGGUCAUCCUGGGGGCAGAGGCAGCGAGGAGGUUCAAGAAAGUCAACCCGAGGGCUGAGCCCCUCAUCUGUGCCUCCAGCCUGCUUGCCACAGCCCUCUGCCUCUACCUGGCUCUUGUCCUGGUCCCAACCACACUCCUGCCCUUCUACGUCUUCCUGGCCCUUGGGGAGCUGCUGCUAUCCUGCAACUGGGCAGUGGUUGCUGACAUCUUGCUGUCUGUGGUGGUGCCCAGGUGCCGGGGGACAGCAGAGGCGCUACAGAUCACGGUGGGCCAUGUCCUGGGAGAUGCCAGCAGCCCCUACCUCACUGGACUUCUCUCCAGCGCCCUGCGGGCUGGGCGCCCUGACUCCUACCUACAGCACUUCCUCAGCCUGCAACAGAGCUUCCUGUGCUGUGCCUUUGUCAUCACCCUGGGCGGCGGCUGCUUCCUGCUGACUGCGCUGUACCUAGAGAGAGACCAGGCCCAGGCCGGGCAGCCUGGUACAGGGACCUCGGACAGCAAGGAUGUGGAGAGCCAAGGCCUGCUUUCUGGUGCGGAGGGCCCUCUGGAGGGCCCCUGAGGCCCCUGCCCACAUUGAGGAGGCCCUGCCCACCCUGCUCGCUCACCCAGCCCUCUGCUGGCCUCCACAGUAGCGGAGCCUCUGAGACCCUUGGCUGUGGCUCAGAGACCCCGGCUGAGCUGCACCUGUCACUUCCUUGAUCCCUGCUCAAGAGCUGGCAGGCCCAGCGGCUGGGCUGGGAAUUGAGCUGUCAGCACCCUCCGCAGGAGGCCUGGGCCUGUGCCUACAUCCAGCACAGGGCCUGCCGACCUGAAGUCCUCAGCCUGGCUGCAGAGGGGCCUGGAUUAAAGUGCGGCCAGCACAAAGCUCAGGCCUUUUGGACCACAUGUUAUUUCUAGCCUUGGGUGCCUCUGCUGGGAGCGUGAUGGGGAGAGGUGGGCAACCCAGGCCAAGGAUGCAAGGCUGCCCCCUGAAGUGGGGAAACUGGGGCGCUACUCAGCAUGGGUCUCUCGGUGUCCGUACCCCUGGUCCUCCCAGCUCAUGAGACCCACCCUGACCCAGUUUCCCCACUCUGCAGGGUCAGGAGGGCACGGGACACCCCUCUGGGUGGAUUCACCCUUUGAACAAAAGGUAGGGCCCGAAUGGUUGUCUGGGAGAUAGACGGGUUUCCCCUAGCAUGUGGGGUGGGGUGUGGCUCCAAGCUCCACGGACCCACACAGAGCAGCUCCCAGGCCUGCAUCUUCACAGGCACAGCUGCCCACAGGAUCACACCGACGUGCUCACCUGCGGCUCAGCCAUACUCCUGGCUGUGCCCUUUUCUGCACCCCUUCCCCACCCACGCUCUGACCCUAGUACAGCCCGCGGGGAGGGUUGGCUCUGUGGGACCCACAUUUGCUGCUGGGUUCAGAGCAGCUGGGCUCAGCGGGCCCUGCAGGAGAUCAACAGCUUCCAGGCAGGCAGCGACGGGGAGGCAUGUUCUUUCCGCCCACAAGCAGGAGCUGCUCUUCCCUCCCCUGGUGCCCGGCCAGGGGAUGGCUUGUUCAUUUGUUGAUUGCCACCUUGGCUGUGCCAGGCUGUGCCUGACUCUGGACGGCUGUGGAGGAGCAGUGACCCACCCCAUACAUACCUCCCAACCUUUGCUUGCUCCAGCCCCACCUCUGGGGCGUCCUCCCUGACCCUGGUGGUUGGAUGUGAUAGGCUGUAGGGGCUGGGCUGUGCAGCAAUUCCCGUACCUGCCCCCCAGGCUCAGCCCUCCCUGGGGAGCUGGCAUCACAAGCUGUCUCGCCCGGUGACCCACAAUUCAAUGCUUGGAGCUCCUGAGCUGGACUGCCUCUGGAAUAACAAGGAAAAGGGUCCAUGAGGAUAUUUGGUUUCUCUCGAGAAGGAGGCAACCAGUAUGGGCUGGAGCCAGGAUGCCGUCAGCAUUCACUGGCUGUGUGACCUUGGCCACUUGCUGACCCUCUCUGAGCUGCAGAUGCCCCAGCUAUACACAAGAAGUGUGUUGGACGUGGCUGUUCUGGCCCAGGCCUCCUCUGGUGCUCACAGAAGUCCAGCCCCAGGCUCUGAAACUUCCUCCCAGAAGUCCUAGGGGGAGAACCCCUGUGAGGCUUAUUUCCCAGACGGUGUAGCCAAAAUGGCCAAAGGCUUCUCAAGAAUUAAACAUCACCCCUCCCCAACCCGAGUCCAGUGGCUGGGGAGGAAAAUCA